GUUCUGCCACUAGCCCCUCUUACUGGUGAUCCGGGUUUGAUUACUGCGCUCGUAGAGCGUUGGCGACCCGAGACAUCGACAUUCCACAUGCCGUUCGGUGAGGUGACAAUCACCCUAGAGGACGUUGCGACAAUCACCGGAUUAGCGAUCGACGGUGAUGCCGUCGUAGUAGACAUACCAGACGAGGACUGGUCGGCUAUGUGUCUUCGACUGUUAGGACAGGCUCCUACUGAUCUUGGUGGCGGCGUCAUCCGGAUUACUUGGCUCUGGGAGACUUUCGAUGAGCUACCGCUUUCUGCAUCACCCCAGACGACAGAGCAGUUUGCAAGAGCCAUGGGCCAUCACGUGGCCAGCAGUUCGUACAGGCAGCCAGCGAGUCGAUUGAGUUGUGGAACCGUCGACAUGAGUUCGUAG